UUGGAACCAAAACGAAACCACACAGCUCCUCUCCUCCUAUACAUUAUAUACUUUUCCAUUUCAACAAUAUCAUCUUCACUUAAUUAUCACAAUAUUUCAUUUCCAAUGUCUACCGAAACUACAACAGCAGCAGAAACAAAAUCUUUCACAACACCCUCUCAUUCCUCAGAUGGUGGUGGCAAUGACAUAAUAAGAGACAUAGUACUAUGGAGGAGGAAGAAACUAAGUAUCUUUGUUCUGAUUGCCGCAACAGCAACAUGGGUUUUGAUGGAAGUAUAUCAAUAUAACUUCCUCACUCUCAUCUCAUGGCUCACUAUCUCAGUUGUUACAUCAAUAUUCCUCUACGCCAAAAUGCUUACACUUUUGGGCAAGGAACCACCAAAACUGUUGAGCUUGGAAUUGAAAGAAGAAACAGCUAUAAGAAUGGCAGAGACAGUUAGAGGAAGGAUUGAAGAAUCAAUAAGGUGGUUGUUCAAGGUGACCACACAGGAAGAUUGGUCUGUGCUUGUGGGAAUUAUCGCUAGGUUUUUCGCACUCUCUUAUGUUGGAACCUGCAUGGACUUCCUCACAUUCAUUUAUAUAGGUAUCUUGUGUGGUAUGACAGUUCCUGUAAUUUAUAUGAAAAAGGAGGACAAGAUAAAGAGAUUCAUGGAGUGGUUGAGGGAGAAAUAUAAGAGAUGUUAUGAGGUUAUAGAUGAAAAGGCCAUUAGAAAGAUCAAAAGCAGAAUACUAAAUGAGAAGAAGAUGGAGUGAUAUGAUUUUGUACAUAGCUUGAAGCUUGUGUAAAAAUAUUAUGCACUGUUAUGUAAUGUUAAUAAUAAUAAUGGAUUACUCUUGUAAAAACAAUAGAAUGCAGUUAUAUUUGUAUUUUGUAAUAGUUGAUUAAUAAAAACAGUUAUUUUGUAA